UUGCUGAUCUGUUUCACUAUGUUGCAUCCAGCUACAGUGUGUCCGCAAGUACAGCAGCCACUUCACAUCGACACGGAUAUUAAUUACAGUCUGGACAUGUCCAAGUUCCCUGGUUUGGAUGACCCUUGCCACGUCCUCCAGCCAGCACUGUUGAUCGCCACCCCGGACACGAUCUCAAACUAUUUCCAUCACUGUGGUGAUGCUCUUCCACCUGGUGAAAUAAGGGAUACUGACAAUGCCAGCUCAAUCUGUUCCGUGAACUAUUCAAGGAAUAUGGGUGUCAAAUGGGAUGCAACUUCUAAGUUUCCAGACAAAAACAUCGGCCGUCAUAUUGACACUUCAUCUGGACAUAUCUUGGAGGAUCUUCUCACUGCCAUAGAUACCUACACGAAUGGACUACUGGAACGAUUAAUUACCAUCCCAGAGUGUGCAGCUCCAAACAGAAUGAUGGCACCAAACAGGAAUACAAUGGACCUGUCGCACGGACCUGUGAUAUUCAGGAAUUACCAGCAGAGCGGGGAAAUACCUCACGGAUACUUCCAUGGUGCCAGAUACGUCCAGACCAACACACCUGUAUGUCGUACAGGAUUUAAUGGACUACAUAGGAUCUCUGACUGUGUGUCUAAUCUGCAGUCCUUGUCAACUCUCAAAAAUAAUACCCGUUACAAGCGCAAGCGAACACAAGACGGGUUCGAAUCUGAUAUACGAAAGAGACAAUGUACUGUAAUGGAUACUAUGGAUGCUGGUCAUUGCUACGGUUACGCUGGAUCUUAUCUUGGUUAUCACCAAUUGCCCACGUUUACAAGUAUUGUGACGUAAUUGGGUUGUAUUACCAUAUAUGUGUAAUUUAUAUUCAAAAGAAAUACUAUUUUGAAAGGUGCUAUGAACAUUCCCGGAUGCCAAACGAUUUAUGCCGUGUAGCGCUUUCUAAAGAGCUAAUUCUAUUCAUCAUGUACAUUGUAUGUAUGGCAUAGUAAGAGACAGAUAUAAAUUCCUGUAACAAUUA